AUGAUGGAGAAAGUUUGGUCUCUAGCUGUUGGUAGUAAAUCCGGGUAUAAAUUUUUCUCCCUUUCUUCUGUGGAUAAACUGGAACAGAUCUAUGAAUGCACUGACACAGAAGACGUGUGCAUCGUGGAGAGACUGUUCUCGAGCAGCCUGGUGGCCAUCGUCAGCCUCAAGGCUCCCAGGAAGCUGAAGGUUUGCCACUUUAAGAAGGGGACCGAGAUCUGCAACUACAGCUACUCCAACACCAUCCUGGCCGUGAAGCUCAACAGGCAGAGGCUGAUCGUGUGCCUGGAGGAGUCUCUCUACAUUCACAACAUCCGGGACAUGAAGGUGCUGCACACCAUCCGAGAGACGCCCCCAAACCCCACUGGCCUGUGUGCGCUGUCCAUCAGCAAUGACAACUGUUACCUGGCCUACCCGGGCAGCGCCACCAUCGGGGAGGUGCAGGUCUUCGACACCAUCAACCUGAGAGCUGCGAACAUGAUCCCGGCUCACGACAGCCCGUUAGCCGCCCUGGCCUUCGAUGCCAGCGGAACCAAACUCGCCACUGCUUCCGAGAAGGGGACCGUGAUUAGGGUGUUUUCCAUUCCAGAAGGACAGAAACUCUUUGAGUUCCGGAGAGGAGUGAAGAGGUGUGUGAGCAUCUGCUCCCUGGCCUUCAGCAUGGAUGGCAUGUUCCUGUCCGCCUCCAGCAACACUGAGACUGUGCACAUCUUCAAACUCGAGACUGUGAAAGAAAAGCCUCAGGAGGAGCCCACCACCUGGACCGGCUACUUCGGGAAGGUGCUCAUGGCGUCCACCAGCUACUUGCCCUCCCAAGUGACAGAGAUGUUCAACCAGGGCAGGGCCUUCGCCACGGUGCGCCUGCCUUUCUGUGGCCACAAGAACAUCUGUGCGCUGGCCACAAUCCAGAAGAUUCCCCGAUUGCUGGUGGGCGCCUCGGACGGGUACCUGUACAUGUACAACCUGGACCCCCAGGAAGGUGGCGAAUGCACCCUCAUGAAGCAGCACCAGUUGGACGGCAGCAUGGAGACAACCAACGAGAUCCUGGACUCCACGUCCCAGGACUGCCCCCUGGUGACACAGGCGUACAGCGCAGCCGUGGCCAAGGGCCCGCACGCACCUUUGUCCCCCACAGCGCUGGCCUACACGGACGAGCUGGGCGCCGCGGGCGGCUCGGGGCUGGAGGACGAGGCCAGCGCCCUGCGGCUGGAGGACGACAGCGAGCACCCCCCCAUGAUUCUGCGGACGGACUGACCGCGACCUGUGACCUCCUUGGCCCCGAGGCAGAGGACACUGGCUGACAGAGGACUUCACAGUCAUGCUGCUAUGAACUUUGACCCGAGCUGGGGAGAGAAUGGCAGAGACUUCUAAAGCAAAAAGGAAAAAAAAGAUUGUAGCUGUAGGCUCAUUCCAUACUGUUGAGAAAUACAUUGUUUUCACUUCAGUGGCUUUUAAUCCUGCUUAUGAAUUUUUAGCUUUUCGUUGGUUUUCUCUUUUUUUGCCAAAAUCAACUGUUUGGUGAAGCCCUCGAAACACUUUUGCUUUGCAUGUAUUCAUGUGCCAAGCCAGCCAGGAGCUCUCAAGCCCGCUCGUAACAGCCUGCAGGCGUCUGGGGUUUUCCGUCUGUACAGAGAGGCGAGGGCCGAGAAGGCGGCGCGGCAAGCACGCGUCUGGUCCUGCUCAGGCGGGCCGGGCGGCGGCCUUGGGGGGUCCUCUCUCCCUGGAGCCCCUCCGGGACCAUUUCUCCCCCCCUCCCCAUUUUAUUUUGUUAAUUAAAUUCUUUCCAAAUUGGA